AUGGAUAUCCAGUCCCCUGCAGCAUCUACUUGGCUGAACAAACCGACUACUUUGCCGACCAGACCCAAAUCACCGUCUAUCUUCACCGAACAGCGCGAGAUGCAACAAGUCGAUACGCCUGCUUCCGUCGAACAAGUCGUGCCAUCAACUGCGUUCCACAAACACAACAGCCCAUCUCCAGGUACAUUUCCUGAGGACAUUGCGGAGACUGUUGAGCUGCCAGACGCCUCGGCAGUCCAACCCAAGACGACUUUCACGAGCGUCGUCGCCAUGAUCGUCAGAUUCUGUCUAGAGAAAGCAUGGGAGUACAAGUUCAGCUUCUUCACCAGCCUCAUGAAGGCCCCCAAGACGACCGUCCUCGCCAUCCUCUGCGCCAUCCUAGCUAUCAUCGCUUUCCCAUCCCUGCUGUCGAUGCUCGGCCUCGGCCUCAGCAUCGCUCGCAUCCUCACCUACGCUAUCCCGAUCGGCGUUACGUAUCUCAUCACCUAUUCUUACUGCAAGCCUCCCGCCAAUGACACAAGCUUCACUAUCCCUCUCGGCGAUGUGGAGGCGCUUCCCAAGGAACGAGUGAGAGUGAUGGUACGUAUCAUGAACGCGGAGUUGAGCAGGCUGUUGGAUGUGUUGGACGGGGAGGAGGGCCGGGCGAUCAAGCUAGAAACGGUCCGGUUGGCAAGUUUGCUUGAGACGGUUCCUCAUGAGGCGAAAGUGAGUUCUGCUGUUGCUCCAUUUGGUAGGCAUGGGGUGUCGCGGGGGAUGGUUGCGGGUGGUGUGCCAUCGGGAAUGCAUGUAUUCGGUGCACCGGCGUUUGGAACGCCGGGUCAGGGGUUCUAUAACGGUCGGUAUCCUCCGAUUCAGGAGGCACGGUUUGCCGGCGGUUUGUAUCUUGAUGUACCUGAACCGUGCGAUGCAGUCGUUAUGGCUUACUGCGAAUAG